AGGAUAUGGUGCACACAGAUUCUACAGUAGUAACUCACAUCUCUUAAAUUCAUAGUCACACCGCCAUCUGCUCCCAAAUCUCAUCACUCUCUUAAAUUACUUUCACCUAAUCUGAUUUGUUUCAAGUGCCCAUCCUCAAUCAUUCCUCCUGAUUCAACUUUGAAGUGGAGAUACCAUACAAUUCGUGGACGAGAGGGGUUUUUUGAAUUGAAUCGAAAUUGUGAAGGGGAAAGGGAAGCGCUGAAUUUGAGAUGACGGAAGUCAUACUCCAUGUCUACGACGUCACCAACAGCGGCAGCGACAAAACCAACAACACCAUAAUGCAGAUCAACAAGAUUUUCAAAGACGGAAUUGGCCUCGGCGGCAUCUUCCACAGCGCCGUUCAGGUUUAUGGUGAUGAAGAAUGGUCUUUUGGGUUCUGUGAGCAGGGUACUGGUGUCUUCCACUGUCCUUCAAAGCAGAAUCCAAUGUAUACAUACCGUGAAAGCAUCAAACUUGGACAAACCACAAAUUCUGUCACUGAGAUUAACCAAAUUCUCAUGGAACUGAGCAGAGAGUGGCCUGGAGAAUCAUAUGAUUUGCUAGCAAAAAAUUGCAAUCAUUUCUGUGAUGAAUUUUGUGAAAGACUGGGUGUUUCUAAGUUACCUGGUUGGGUGAACAGGUUUGCAAAUGCUGGAGACACUGCUGUAGAAAUAGCCGGAAACACAGCAUAUAGAUUUAGGCAAGCCAAAACUGAAAUCGUCACUGCCAGUAAAGUCGCAUAUCGAUUUUUAGCUGGAAUUGCAUCCAACAACAUGAUUACAGGCCCAGAUUCCCCCAGCAACUCUAAUGGUGGAACCCCCCGAUUCCAACCUACCUGGUUCAAGAACCUCGUUGCACCCGGCGAGAAACCUUCUAGUAGUUCGGAGCUGGAAGAUGAGGAUCAGCGACUUAGACAAGACGCCAAAACACCUCUAUGAUCGGACUCUCUACCUGACCGCAAUGUUCAGCAUCAUUACCUGUGAACUUGUAUGCCAGAAUACCAAAACAUUUGGGACUCUUGAUCUUGCAAAUUGUUGUAAUAUGUGUCGCAACUUAUAUAACAUUUGGAAAUGAAUAGAUUGUCGAACUUUUAUGUCAA